UUUAAAUAUAGAAGGCAAAACUAAUCAGAGCUGUAACUCAGAGGUAUAACUCAAUGCAAUGACAUGGGUAUCUGGAUCGCGGUGUUUGUUUGUACACUAUUACCAUUGACUGUGGCAGACAAAUCAACCUGUUCGAAAGACAACUGCAAGGUAUGGGAUACAAGAAUGGUGAAAUGCGUAGAGUGCGAUGAAGGUUUUCAAGGUGAAUGCUGCCAGCGUCCGUGUAGAUACCCUAACUAUGGAGAUCGAUGUCAAUCGUGGUGUAACUGUGAAAUAACAAGCUGUAGUUCUGUGACUGGGUGUGACGAUGGGUCCCCAACGGUUUCCGCAGGUUUUCCAAACGCUCCAAAGAUUCCGUUGUCUGCGUUUGCAAUCUAUACGACUUCAACAGCUGGAUCGCCAAGACUAACAACAAUUGUUCUAAAUACAACUUCUACACACAUUAUGUCGUCGAUCAACCGAACCACCAAAGAAUGCUCACUAGGAUACACAGGGAACAACUGUGAGAUUCGAUGUCGAUAUCCGAGUUAUGGAGUCAGUUGUCAAUUGGAAUGUAAUUGUACGGAAGGGAAUUGCCAUUUCCAAACUGGAUGCAUUGAUACCAAGACUGCUCAGGAUGAAGAGAAACCAUUAUGUAAGUAUACACAAAGUGGAAGAACCAUGAGAAGGGAGUCACUUGAAUAUGGUGUUGCUGUUCUUGGUUCCCUGGCUGUAAUCCAGUUUUCAGCUUAUUUCUAUUUACGUUGUUUAUACAGACCUGUUUUUUAUGAAAUCAACCACCUGUGAUAAUGUAUUUUCUAACUUCAUCACCAGACUGCAAUGUUGCUUAGCAGUGUAAUCUAUUUGUACUGUGUUUCUUCGUCUGAUUUGUUACGUAUGUGUUAGUUUAAUCUAGACAUGUUGGCAAUAUGCACAAUUAAACUCUUUUAAGAAAC